AUGGUAGAACAACAACAACAACAAGAAGAAGACAUUUGGGGUCAAAUCUUAAGAGAAUCAGCAAAUAAAAACAAUUAUUUUGAAUCUAGACAUGUUGCAAUUUUAGGCGAUCCAACAUCAGGAAAAUCAUUAUUAUUAUCAAAAUUCGACACAAUAACAGACGAUAAAGAUUUAAAGAGUAUUGCAUUAAGUUAUACAUUCUCAGAUAUUUAUGAAGAUGACACAUCUGAGGACCCAAUAGGCAGAAUUAAUUAUUGGUCACUCGAAGGAGAAUCAUCACAAAAUGACUUAUUGAAAUUUGCACUCAGUAAAGAAAAUAUAGAAAACUCUAUGGUUAUUAUUACAUUAGAUUUUUCACAACCAUGGUUAUUGGUUGAAUCAUUAAAAAAAUGGUUAGGUAUUUUAGAAGAACAUAUCAAAUCAAUUUUUAAAGAUGACAAAAAUGGGUUAAGAAAAUUACAAGAUAAAUUAUUAGUAAAAUGGCAUCAAUAUGUAGAACCACAAUCACAACAAACAUCACAACAACAACAACAACAACAACAACAACAAAAUAACACAGCUAACCCAAUCAACACCCCAAUACAGAAAAAAAAGAAAAAGAGAGUUAAUGCAUCAUACCAAGAUGGAGAUGCAAGUGUAUUACCACCACUAAGCGAAAAUAUUUUAAUUAACAAUUUAGGUGUCCCAAUUUUAGUAGCAUGUUGUAAAAGUGAUUCAGUUGUAAUGCUCGAAAAAGAUUUUGAUUAUAAAGAUGAAUUAUUUGAUUAUAUUCAACAAUAUUUAAGAAGAAUUUGUCUUCAAUAUGGUGCAGGUUUAAUUUAUACAUCAGCCAAAAAAGAAAUUAAUUGUGAUGUUUCAUUGGAAUAUAUCGAAAAUAUUUUAUUUGGAUUCGAAUUAAAAUCCAAAACACAAUUAAUUGAAAAAGAUCAAAUUUUUGUUCCAGCUGGAUGGGACACAUUAGCAAAAAUCCAAGUCGAUUUCGAUAAUCAAAAGGUUUGUAAGGAUGCUGAUGAGCCAUAUGAAAAUAUUGUAAAGAAACCAAGUAUUAUUAAGAGAAGAGAAAUGACACAAAAUAAUUUAUUAAUAGCUGAUGAAGAUCAAGAAUUUUUAAGUAAAAUUAAAUCAAUGUUAGAUAAAGAUGGUGAUGGAACUGAUGCCGGUUUAUCAUCCAUUUCACCAACUCCAACUUCCCCUGCAAUAUCACAACCAUCACAAAAUUCCUCACAACCUCAAUCUUCCCAAUCACAACAACCAAACACCACAUCACCAACCAAUCCAUUAAGAGUCAGUAGUGGUAACGUUUCUGGCACUCCAGUUGCCGCAUCACCAUCUGCUGAAAGAGCUGCUUUAGCAAAUUUCUUUACUUCAUUAAUUUCAAAAGAUAAAACCUCAUCAAGAAAGGAUAUUAAAUCUUCUUUAACCUCACCACCAACCGCCUCAACAUCAUCAUCAAAUGUUAGAGGUGAUGCUCAAAAAGAAUUAGAAAAAUUAAAGCAACAAAAAAAAUAA